GGUAUAUCGCUCCUAAGGUUCCACCUCUUGGAAUUCUCUCUUGUUUACGUGUAGAAUAUUUAUUUUGUUUUUAAUUUUAUAGACUUUUAAAAUUCUUAAUUAUGACAAAUUUACAACGCUGGCUGUUCUAUGCAUCGCUCUUUGCGGUGCCCUACUUGUCCAUCGUUUUGGGAACUGUGCAAACCCAAUUCACCAACAAAUACUUGCUACACAUUCAACUGCUGCCGCUUCUUUUGCUGGUGCUCUUCGGGAUCUUCUCCGUUUGGACCGUCUUGUACAGAACCUUUACAUUCAACGACUGUCCUGAAGCUGCCAAGGAACUUCAAGCUGAGAUUUUGGAGGCGCGCAAGGAUUUGACAGCCAAAGGAUUUCGGUUUCGUGAUUAAAAAGCCGGGAAAUGUACUUCCCACAUCCUGUUCAUGUUAAUCUGUAAUUCCAAUAUUUAUAAACAAAAAGAACAAGUUA